GAGCGGUGUUGGGGGUGGGGACGACCUGGCUGGACACUAGGAACAAGACGCGAUGGUUUUCUCGCGGCAGUCUCGCAGACGCAGCAAGAGGGAAGGCACGCAGUGAUCUUGUGCAGGUGAGGAAAAUCCAGAUCCGAAAAGAUGCUGUCGGGCCUUAGCCGGAAGCUGUACAAGCCGUGGGUGCUGCUGAUCGUCACCGCGGGCUACAUCGUCGGCGAGUUGGGCCACUACCUGAUCGGUGUGACCUCAAGAGCCACAGCCAGAGACCUGCACUACGGAGACAAAGCGUGCCAACUGAAUGUCUCGUCAGGAAUCGGACACGCAGAGUCGCCCGUCGCCUGCGGGAGCGUUUUUAAUCAAACCGAAUGCGCCAAGCUGCACAUGAAUGGCACCUUCUACUGCGAAUGGGACUACAACGGUCUCGGACUCGAGUACCAAAUUCUCGCCGGCCCUUCGUAUAUUGCUGUUUUCACAGUGGCCGGAAUUUUGCUUGGAGUGGCCGCCGACAGGUACAACCGCGUGACCAUGUUGGGAGCUUGCACCCUGAUUUUUAGCGUGGCUACUAUUCUCAUGGGGGCAGUUAAUCACUAUUGGGAGCUCACGUUGCUUAGAAUGGUCCUUGCUUUUGGCGAAGCUGGCUGCAAUCCUAUGGCUGCCGGAAUCCUUUCUGAUCUGUUUGCGGAGGAAUAUCGAGCGCUAGUUAUGUCAAUUUUCAACUGGGGUAUUUACGGAGGAUACGGCAUUGCUUUCCCAGUAGGCCGUUACGUCACCGCAGCAAAUAUCUGGGGACUGGGAUGGAGACUCAGUUACUAUGCAGGUGGAGUAGUUGGACUCGUACUCGCUCUCCUGACCUACACCACCCUCCGCGACCCUCAGCGCCAGGCGAUUGGAGAAGAACGAAAUAAUGCUAAUGGAGAAAAGAUUACUUUGUGGCAAGUGGUCAGUCAACCCCGAAUGGUCCUCCUUUGUCUGGCAGCCUCAAUCAGACACAUGGGCGGCUUGUGCUUCGCUUACAACUGCGAUCUUUACUACCAAACGUACUUCCCCGAGGUCGACCUUGGAUGGUGGUUGUUCGCAGUCACCAUUUGCAUCGGCUCAAUUGGCGUUGUCGCGGGCGGCGUUCUUUCGGACAAAAUUGUGGCCACAAUGGGAGUCAAAUCCAGACUGGCUGUACUCGCCCUCAGCCAACUCAUUGCCAGCCCACUGGCUUUCGGCAGUGUCUACUUUGAGCCCACUGGUGCCAUGAUCAGUCUCGCCUGCUCCUACAUCUUUGCGGAGAUGUGGUUUGGCAUUCUGUUUGCCAUUCUUGUCGAAAUUGUGCCUUUGGCUGUCAGGUCAACCACUCUUGGAGUGUUCCUCUUUUUCAUGAACAACAUUGGAGGAAAUCUGCCAGUGUUGGUGGAGCCCCUCUCGAAGGCCAUUGGCUACAGAGAGUCCCUUUGGGUCUUUUACGUGGGGGCCUACUUCCUCAGCUCAAUCCUGUUCUUCUUCACAAUGUUCCUGAUGGAGCAGCAGCUAGUUGCCAAGCCCGCACUCGAAGCCCCUCCCAUGAGACCCAAGGGCGUUGACAAUACAGCUUUUGAAGCAGAGAGCAGCCGCCUGUGAUGUACCUCGUGACCACUCACUUUUUGUACAAAAUAAAUUAAUAGCAUUUAAUUAUUUUAUGAUCAUCAAAUGUAUUUUAAAAGAAA